GGCUGACGCAAUUCCUCAGAUUGCCGUAUCCGCGGCACACCCGACCACAGCCCAAGCGUUCCUUCCCUUCCUCGCGCGGUCUUUGUCUGCUUCGCUUUCCGAAUUCCAUUAGCAGAGCCUUCCUCACUACACACUGGCUCUUUCCCCUGUCGUCGCUUUCCACCCUCCUUCUCUAUCUACGUUUCUGUAUCUGCCUGCGUUUGGCUCGCGAGAAAGCUGAGGAAAAAAAGGUUGUAUCCUUGGCUUUGUGUGAAAUGUAAUGUGCAGAGUCGUAGAUCGUGUACAAUUACAGUGGAGUGAGUUGAGUUUUCGAGUUUGGGCGCGGUGAACUUUUUUGACUGUUUUGAGGGCUGAAGUGCUUACAUUGUCAUCAAUUUGGGUUCUGUUUUGCUGAGAAUGGGGGCAACUCCGACCUCAGAUCAAGGUUUCAUAGAUUCUCUGAACCUGUUUGUAGUACUACUUUGUGCUUGCAUUGUAAUUGGUCAUCUUCUGGAGAAGAACCGAUGGAUGAAUGAGUCAGUCACUGCACUUGUUAUUGGUCUGUGCACUGGAAUUGUCAUUCUUCUAUCGACUGGAGGAAAGAGCUCACGCAUUUUAGAAUUCAGCGAAGACCUUUUCUUUAUCUAUAUUCUUCCACCCAUUAUAUUCAAUGCUGGGUUCCAGGUCAAAAAGAAGCAAUUUUUUCGGAACUUUAUGACUAUCAUGUUGUAUGGUGCUGUUGGCACAUUGAUAUCGUUCAGCAUCAUAUCAUUUGGUGCCAUUCAGUUGUUCAAAAAGCUGGAUAUUGGUUUCCUGGAGAUAGCAGAUUAUCUUGCCAUUGGAGCGAUUUUUUCAGCAACCGAUUCUGUUUGCACCUUGCAGGUGCUUAAUCAGGAUGAGACACCUUUACUGUACAGUCUAGUCUUUGGGGAAGGUGUGGUAAAUGAUGCUACAUCGGUGGUACUUUUCAAUGCAAUCCAGAGAUUUGACACAUCUCAUGUCAGCUCCAGGAUUGCCUUGCAGUUUGUCGGCAAUUUUUUGACAUUAUUUGUCGCAAGCACCUUUCUGGGAGUGUUAAUUGGAUUGCUCAGUGCUUACAUAAUUAAAAAAUUGUACUUUGGCAGGCAUUCUACUGAUCGAGAAGUAGCUCUUAUGAUUCUCAUGGCUUACCUUUCAUAUAUGAUGGCUGAAUUGUUCUAUCUAAGUGGCAUUCUUACUGUAUUCUUUUGUGGGAUUGUCAUGUCACACUACACUUGGCAUAAUGUGACUGAAAGUUCUAGAAUUACUACCAAGCAUGCUUUCGCAACAUUGUCAUUUGUUGCUGAGAUUUUCAUCUUCCUUUAUGUUGGUAUGGAUGCAUUGGACAUUGAGAAGUGGAGAUUUGUGAAUAAUAGUCCUGGAACGUCAGUUGGUGUGAGUUCAAUUUUGCUUGGCCUGGUUCUGGUUGGAAGGGCAGCUUUUGUAUUCCCAUUAUCCUUUUUAUCAAACUUAACUAAGAAGUCCCAGAGUGAUAAAAUUGGCCUCAAGCAGCAGGUAACAAUAUGGUGGGCUGGUCUCAUGCGGGGUGCUGUUUCUAUGGCACUUGCUUAUAAUCAGUUUACAAGUUCAGGGCAUACUCAACUGAGAGGAAAUGCGAUCAUGAUCACCAGCACCAUCACUGUGGUUCUUUUUAGCAAUGUGGUGCUUGGAUUGAUGACUAAACCUCUUGUACGUAUUUUGCUGCCUGCAAAACGUUUCGACCACAUGAUGUCUUCUGAACCAUCCUCUCCAAAAUCCUUCACAAUGCCACUUCUGGGAAAUGGGCAAGAUUCAGAAGCUGACCCGGAGGGCCAUAGUAGCGUUCCACGUCCAAGCAGUCUGCGCAUGCUCCUGACUGCUCCAACUCACAUCGUUCACUAUUACUGGCGAAAGUUUGAUGAUUCCUACAUGCGUCCUGUGUUCGGUGGGAGGGGAUUUGUGCCAUACAUUCCUGGCUCCCCUACAGAACGUAGUGUUUAUUAAUGGGGAUGAGGCCCAUAGGAUGCAAGAAAGAUGUUAAAUUGUGGUUCACGCUUCUGCAUAGACCUCUAAUAACCAAAGUUAUAAUAAGGUGGUAGUGUCACAACAACAAUCAUGUUUCCUACUUGGGAUGAUUUUCAAUUUAAUCAUCGUCAUACAUACAUACAUUUUUUUGUUUGUGUAAAUAUUAUUUACAUGAUCUUGGACCUGAUAUACGGAGUCUAGAUCUUGUCAAUGUAAUUACAGUGCAGAGACCAGCUUUUUUUAAGGUAUAUAAUGUAGACAUAAUAUUGGACAUGGCA